AACCAGUUGAAUGUCUUAAGGCCUCUCGUAGAAAGGACAUAGAUGUGUCUCUGUUUGCGUGGUCGCUAGGAGACACACCAGUGUGUUAUUGGUGAUUAGCAGCAGCUGAACGAGCGACCGUCGUCUCUGUCUGAGCGCUGUGCUCGUGUUUCUGCCCAGUUCACGAUGCCGCUGGGUUUGAAACCAUGCUGUGCUGUUUGCAAGACGAACUCUUCGUCGAUGUGGAAGAAAGGAAACCUGGGAGAAAUCCUGUGCAACAACUGCACAGGAAAGAGCAGCAGCGGCGGAGCAUCAGGACCCUCCAUGUCCUCCAGCACUCAGCCCAGCAACGGCGGGGGGAAGCAGUCCAAGCAGGAGAUCCACAGGAGGUCUGCACGACUGAGGAGCACCAAGUACAAAGCUCCUGCAUCUGAGAAGAAGGUGUCGACAAAAGGAAAAGGAAGAAGACACAUUUUCAAACUCAAAAAUCCAAUCAAAGCACCAGAAUCUGUUGCAACGAUCAUCACGUCAGAAUCUGUGUUUUAUAAGGGUGUAUACUAUCAGACAGGAGAUGUCAUCAAGGUAACGGAUGAGGAAGACGGGAAGCCGUACUACGCUCAGAUUCGAGGCUUCGUGCAGGACCAGUACUGUGAAAAGAGUGCUGCGCUGACUUGGUUAAUCCCCACGCAGGCCAGCCCAAAGGACCAGUUUGAUCCUGGAACGUACAUCGUUGGUCCAGAGGAGGAUCUGCCCAGAAAGAUGGAGUACCUGGAGUUUGUGUGCCACGCCCCCUCUGAAUAUUUCAAGUCACGCAGCUCUCCGUUCCCCACCAUCCCCAUCCGACCAGAAAAAGGCUACAUCUGGACCCACAUAGGACCCACGCCAGCCCUCACUGUCAAAGAGUCUGUCAGUGGUAGCAGUUAACGUGACUGUGAUAUGGACUUAGUCUGUUGCUUUUAAACAGACGUAUAUGUACAUUUAUGUAAUAUAAGGUAAACAAAAAUGGUUGUUAACCGCAGCCAUUACUUCAGAUUGAAGACAGGUUGUAAUUUGAUACAAAAGAAGGUGUACUAUGUUUCAGACACGCACACAGCUGCAACAUUGGAAUACUUUUGUAUUUAGUAAUAAACAAAAAAAGCUCUUUUCUACCAUG